AUGACCUUGAAUGUUGCGGUUCAAGAAUUGCUGUACCCACAACAGACGCCAUAUCGUCAGUGCACGCAGGCUCUCAUCAGGAGUCUCUAAUGGGUUACGGAAGGCGGGGCCUUUCUUGCUCUUUGGUGGCAUUGGAAUCGGAAUUGCUGCAUACUUCUUGCUACCCGAUGAGUCCAGGUCUGCGCCAACAUAUCGCUCGAAAUCCUUAGCACCUUCUCAUUUUACGCCCACUACUCUAAUAUCUACUGCCGUAUCCGGUCCGGACACCAAGCUAUUGACAUUGGCCGUCCCACCAGAAUUAGUACCUACGAAUGGUCGCCAAUCUCUUGCACCCAUUUGGUCUAUAUUUAUUAAAGAUGACGAUAUCCAGGUCGAAAGGCAAUAUACUCCUCUUGAGGGAAUAGACAAUAAUGGUCACAUGAAAUUAUGGAUAAAAAAAUAUGAAAAGGGCGAAGUAGGUCGGUGGCUACAUUCAAAAAAUAUCGGUGAUUCGAUUGAGAUACGUGGCCCUCUAACUACAUGGCCCUGGACAGAAGAUCACUGGGACGAAAUUGUAAUGAUUUCAGGAGGGACUGGACUUGCUCCAUUCUAUCAACUCGUGCACAACGUGAUGUCAGAGAACUUGGCAAAGAACAAGACACGCUAUACAUUACUGCACUCUUCGAAGACACGUGCUGAUCUUCCACCGUCUACCAUGCUUCAACCUCUCUUAGAACAGGCUGCUAAACACUCGGACAAAUUCAGAUUGGAGUUCUUCGUGGACUCCUUGGAAGGCCUUCAAAACCCUAAUCUUCCUGAUAAUAAAAUCCUGGUUGGUCGCAUAGACAAGUCUGCUAUACAGUCUUCGCUAGGGAUGGACAAUAGUUAUUCGUGGUGGCAAAAACUGCUCACGGGAGCAACAGCUCCGCUGAAACCGCCCGACAAGAAGAUAUUGUUUCUUGUUUGUGGCCCAGAGCCGAUGAUAAGUGCUAUUGCUGGGCCCUAUGGUAGAAACUUUUCACAGGGGGCAGUUGGCGGUAUUAUAGGUGAAAUGGGAUAUAAGCCACAUGAAGUAUGGAAACUAUAGAGCAUAUAUUGGUGCAAUACAAAAACAAUGACAGUACCUCCUAUCUUUUAUAUAUUAUAACAAUAUGAUAAUUCAUUAAUACCUUCCGAUAUGUGACCUGUAAUAGGCUGCCAAUGCUAUGGUCAACAAUCCGACGCAUUAUUUAUCGAGUCCAGCUCUACGGAUUCGUGAAAUGUAAAGUCUUCUGUUAAAAUGCUUGGUUCACCUCCUUUUGAAUUCGGACGCGAAUAGUUUUCUCGGAAGCUGAUAGUCAUGCGGGUCCCUAAUAUCGUAACCGUCGAGGCGAUGAAUGCAUUGGGCAGCUCCAUGUACGACGA